UCAGGAUCGAUCUUCGUUGCUUAGUAUCCUCCGCUCUAGGAGGUUCCAGUGACUCUGUCGCAGCCUCUGUGGCCCUGUGACCUGCAGAUGCUGUGAGAUCCAGGGCUAAGACUCCAGGACAUCCCGGAAGCCGAAAAAUGGAACUGUUGACAUUCAGGGAUGUGACCAUAGAAUUCUCUCUGGAGGAGUGGGAGUUUCUGAACCCCGCUCAGCAGAAUUUAUAUAGGAAUGUGAUGCUGGAGAACUACAGGAACCUGGUCUCUCUGGGUCUUACCAUUUCUAAGCCAGAACUGAUUAGCUGUCUGGAGCAAAGACAAGAGCCCUGGAGUGUGAAGAGACAUGAGACCGUAGCCAAACCCCCAGCUAUAUCUUGUCAUUACACUGAAGACUCUUUGACAGAACAGGGAGUGAAAGAUUCAUUCCAAAAAGUGAUACUGAGAAGAUAUGGAAGCUGUGGCCUUGAGAAUUUAUACUUAGGGGAAGACUGGGAAAAUGCAGGUCAGUGUAAGGAUCACAAAGGAAGUUACAAUGGGCUUAACCAGUGUUUGUCAACUCUACAUAGCAAAAUGUUCCUAUAUAAUAAAUGUGUGAAAGUCUUCAAUAAAUCAUCAACUCGAAAUAGACAAAGCAUAAGACAUACUACAGAGAAACUUUUCAAAUGUAUCGAAUGUGGCAAAGUCUUUAAAUCUCACUCAGGCCUUUCUUAUCACAAGAUAAUUCAUACUGAAGAGAAACUCUACAUAUGUGAGGAAUGUGGAAAAACCUUUAAGUGGUUCUCAUACCUUACUAAACAUAAGAGAAUUCACACUGGAGAGAAGCCCUACAAAUGUGAAGAAUGUGGCAAAGCUUUUAACUGGUGCUCAAGCCUCACUGAACAUAAGAGAAUCCAUACUGGCGAGAAACCCUACAAAUGUGAAGAAUGCGGAAAAGCCUUUCACUGGUGUUCGCCCCUUAUUAGACAUAAGAAAAUUCAUACUGGAGAAAAACCCUAUACAUGUGAAGAAUGCGGCAGAGCUUUUAACCGGCAUUCACAUCUCACUAAACAUAAGACAGUUCACACUGGAAAGAAACCCUACAAAUGUAAAGAAUGCGGGAAAACUUUUAACCACUGCUCACUACUUACUAUACACAACAGAACUCAUACUGGAGAGAAACCCUACAAAUGUGAAGAAUGUGGCAAAGCUUUUAACUCAUCAUCAAUUCUUACUGAACAUAAGGUAAUUCAUAGUGGAGAAAAACCUUACAAGUGUGAAAAAUGUGACAAAGUCUUUAAGAGGUUCUCAUACCUUACUAAACACAAGAGAAUUCACACUGGAGAGAAGCCCUUCAAAUGUGAAGAAUGUGGCAAAGCUUUUAACUGGUCCUCAAUCCUUACUGAACAUAAGAGAAUCCAUACUGGAGAGAAACCCUACAACUGUGAAGAAUGUGGGAAGGCCUUUAAUCGGUGCUCACACCUUACUAGACAUAAGAAAGUUCAUACUGCAGUCAAACACUAUAAAUGCGAAGAAUGUGGCAAAACUUUCAAACGAUGCUCACAUCUUAAUGAACAUAAGAGAAUUCAAAGAGGAGAGAAAUCCUGCAAGCGUAAAAAAUGUGGGGAAGCACUUAAUCACUGCUCAAACCUUACUACAUAAGAAUUGUUACUUUUUUUUUUGAGACGUAGUUUCGCUCGUUACCCAGACUGGAGUGCAAUGGCGCGAUCUCGGCUCACCGCAACCUCCGCCUUCUGGGUUCAAGCAAUUCUCCUGCCUCAGCCUCCCAAGUAGCUGGGACUACAGGCGUGCACCACCAUGCCCAGCUAAUUUUUGUAUUUUUAGUAGAGACAGGGUUUCACCUUGUUGACCAGGAUGAUCUCUAUCUCUUGACCUCAUGAUCCACCCGCCUCGGCCUCCCAAAGUGCUGGGAUUAUAGGCGUGAGCCAUCGCGCCCGGCCUAGGAAUUGUUACUAACGAGAAAUCCUACCAGUGUAAAAAAUGUGUGGUAAAGUCCUUAAAUCUUGCUCAAGCCAUUCAAAUCAGAAGGUAAUUUAUACUGGGGAGAAACACUACAAAUGUGAAGAAUGUGGGAAAGUCUUUGUCCAUUGCUCACACCUUAUUGCACAUGAGAAAAUUCAUGCUGAGAAUAGUUCUGAUUUUAAAGAAUGUGGCAAAGCAUUUAACAACUGCUAUGAGCUUAGUCAUAGAGGUUUUGUGCUAGAUACGAGCAAUGUAAGUAUAGUGAUACACAUUACCUUUGUCUGUGGAAAGAUGUCACCAAAUAAAAGCCUUAGAGGGCGCCAGGUGUAAUGAUAGUGAUACGUCCCAUCUGUACGUGGGAAGACUUCAAACAUAUAAGCCUUAGAGUACGCAAGCGUUUCUAUACUGAAGAAAAACAUUACAAAUAUAGAGUGGUGCGAUAUGUUUACGUAUGUUACACAUUUUGUUGUACAUAGAAUUUAUGCUGAAGGGGAACCCUCUAACAGUUGCUCAAAUUUUAUUCAAUUUUAGAGAAUUUAUAUUGGAAAGAAACCCUACAACUGUAAUGAAUAUGAAAAUAAAUUAUUGAAAAAAUACACCUUAGAAAACAGUAGUUUACAUGAAAAUAUUUGGCCGGGCGAGGUGGCUUACGCCUAUAAUCCCAGCACUUUGGGAGGCCAAGGCGGGUGGAUCACGAGGUCAAGAGAUCAAGACCAUCCUGGUGAAAACCCCGUCUCUACUAAAAAUACAAAAAAUUAGCUGGACAUGGUGGCGCGUGCCUGUAAUCCCAGCUACUCAGGAGGCUGAGGCAGGAGAAUUGCCUGAACCCAGGAGGCGGAGGUUGCGGUGAGCCGAGAUCGCGCCAUUGCACUCCAGCCUGGGUAACAAGAGAGAAACUCCGUCUCAAAACAAAACAAAACAAAACAAAACAAAUACAAAAAUUAGCUGGGCAGGGUGGCUCACACCUGUAGUCCCAGCUACUCGGGAUGCUGAGGCAGGAGAAUUGCUUGAACCCAGGAGGUGGAGAUUGUGGUGAGCCGAAAUCACGCCACUGCUCUCCAGCCUGGGUAACAAGAGCGAAACUCCAUCUCAAAAAAAAAAAAAAAUGUUUAACAGAUGCAGCAAACAUAAAAAAUUAAUCAAAAAUCAAGUCUAAAUGAACAUCAGAGGAUUCAUAGUAGAAACCACUAAAACACUAACACUUUCAAUGUUAUUUUAAAUCAGGGUAUUGAUUAUAAGGAAUAAUUCAAAGUUAACAUAAUUUAGGCUAAAAAGAAACAGGAGAUUAAUAUUUCGAGACUUGCAAUUAUAUUCAAAGUGGACUGUUUUUGCAUUGAAAGAAUUUUAGAUUUUUACAAAGGCAAAUUUUGAUGUAAUUCAACUCUCAAGUUACUCAUUGCUGUGUCUAUUCCUUGUGUCUAUAUGAAAGCAUGUGGUCAAUUUUUGCUGCUGAGAGCUUUGAGAGAUUCUAUAUUAGGAGAACGUCAUAUAUACUUUUCAAUAGAAGAUCGAGGACACUGAAAUGUAAGGUGUGUGAAGAAAAUCCACACAGAGGCCUUUGUGGUUGACAUAAAACUGUUGUAAGUGAUGCAUGAGAUGGAUGGUUCAGAGUAAUAUUCUUGUGCAUUAUUCAAAUUUUAAUACAUUGUUUUACCGAUUGCACAUUAAGAUAAUCAAAUAUAGUGGAUUUUGUGAUGCUUUUCUUAGACUGUGUGAACCUAAUUUGUUUUCAUCAAACAAAGUUGUUUUUAACAUGUUAAGACAGUUGUGCGUUGAAUCCUGCCACUAGUGUUAGCCUAUUUUACCUUACUCAAGUGUCUAGGUAACAGACGGUACCAACACACUAUUCAGUUAUAUAGUGGAAUGGCAUCUUUAGUAAUUCUUAUCCUUACUGGCUUUAAACUUCAAAUAUAUUGGAGAAUAUUGUUUUCAUAGGUUACAUUUUUAUUAUUUUUCUUCUAACUAUAGAGCCAUUAAGAUGGUUAUUAUGAAAAUUACACAGGCAUAGAAUCAAAAACCAUAUAUUUCUGAAUCUUAAAUGGCUAUUUAGAAAAUGUUAGCUUACAUGUUUUCUUUGAACAUGCAACCUCUGUGGCCUUCCAGACACACAUAGACUCUAAGUUUUUACUUACAUGGAAAUUUAACAUACAAAUAUGUUACUCUAAAGUGUAAGAGAAUUAUGAGGCAAGUAAUUGUAUUUGAAUGUUGAUGUGUACCUAUUUUGAGAAGAAAGAAAAUGUUAGAACAAACUGAUAAUUUUUUUUUUUUUGAGACAGAGUUUUGCUCUUGUUACCCAGGCUGGAGUGCAAUGGUGCGGUCUUGGCUCACCGCAACCUCGGCCUCCUGGGUUCAGGCAGUUCUCCUGCCUCAGCCUCCUGAGUAGCUGGGAUUACAGGCACACACCACCAUGCCCAGCUAAUUUUUUGUAUUUUUAGUAGAGACGGGGUUUCACCAUGUUGAGCAGGAUGGUCUGGAUCUCUUGACCUCGUGAUUCACCCGCCUCGGCCUCCCAAAGUGCUGGGAUUACAGGCAUGAGCCACCGCGCCCGGCCCUAAACCGAUAAUUUUUAAAAUGUUGAUAACUUACUACCAAACUAGUAACCUCAAAAUUUCAAAGCAAAUCUGUUUUUCUCCUUUGUAUUGAAUUCAUUUUUCCAAAAUCUUAUGGUUCCUAGUUCCGAAUCCUCUUAUGUAUGUCCUGUUUCUACUUACCUGGAAUUCAUGGUAGACCUAAUGCAUAAUUUUCAUGUUCCAAAGUUUAUAAAGUAUCCUUUAUAUAACCUACUCCAGAAUUUUUUGAAUAAUUUUGACAAAUUUUAAUGUGCUCGCAAAGUAAUUUGAAGGUGUAAUUCCAUAGUAAGUUUCGUACACAUUUUUUCUUCCAGUUGGAGAACUCUAAGCCGAUUUUUCCUUUGUCGUUGUUCUUUUAAUUUUUAUAAUUGACGUCAUUGAGUUUAUUGACUUACUGGGUUAAUUUAUUUAGAUGAACACCAGGGGGUGACAUCAGUCAUGGUCCUGUUUGUUUUUUUUCUAACUCCUAUGUCUCUACAUCAGACAUGGUGUUGUUUAGACAUAAAUGAAGGGGACAAACACAGAAAAGCGCUAGAUGUGUAACACACUCCAUAAUUAGAACACUGGUUCCAGUUGGGGUGAGUUGGUGACUGCAGGAGAUUAAAAUUAUUCAGGUGAAAAAAUGACAUUGAUUCUGCAUGUUUGGAGGGGCAUUUGUACCUAGGCUACACAGCUGACUCUAAUUUUAGAGAAACUGUGCUUCUUUCAUUAUUAUUAUUAUUAUUUUUUUUUUUUUGAGAUGGAGUCUCGUUCUGUCAUCCAGGCUGGAGUGCAGUGGCACAAUCUUGGCUCACUGCAGCCUCUGCCUCUGGGUUUAAGUGAUUCUCCUGCCCAGCCUCCCGAGUAGCUGGGACCACAGGGGUGACCACCACACCUGCUAAUUUUUGUAUUUUUAGUAAAGAUGGGGUUUUACCAUAUUGGCCAAGCUGGUCUUGAAUUCAUGACCUCGUGAUCCACCUGCCGCAGACUCCCAAAGUGCUGGGAUUACAGGCGGCUGGUGUGCUGCAGCUCUGCAAUCCUUUCUUUUCUUUCCCUUUCUUUCUUUUUCUUCCUUUCUUUCCUUCCUUCUUUCUCUCUCCUUCCUUUCCUUUCUUUCUUCUCUCUCUCCCUCUCUUUCUCUCUCCGUCUUUCUUCUCUCUCUCCCUCUUUCUCUCUUUCCGUCUUUCUUCUCUCUCUCUCUCUCCCUCUUUCUCUCUUUCCGUCUUGCUCUCUCGCCAGGCUGGAGUGUAGUGGCACAAUUUCAGCUCCCUGCAACCUCCACCUCCCAGGUAUAAGCUCUUCUCCUGCCUCAGCCCUCUGAGUGGCUGGGACUACAGGUGCAAGCCACCACACCCAGAGAAUCGUUGUAUGUUUAGUAGAGACGGGGUUUCACCAUGUGUGCCAGGAAUGUCUGGACCUCUUGACCUCGUGAUCCUCCAGCCUUGGUCUCACAAAGUGCUGGGAUUACUGGUGUGAGCCACCACACCCAGUGCUGCUGCUCUUUCAAAAAGGGCUUCCUCCCUGAGCUGAGCCAGACCCACCCCACAGGAUGGGAAAAUUCUUUCUUUUUUACUCUAUUUUUGAAUGUAUUCAAUAGGUGAACAGAAGUAUUUUGCUGUCAUAUUAAUGAUACAUAAAAUUUUUGUUCAAGAGAAAAUCAAUGUUUAAUUUGGUAAUAGUGUAUUAUCAGUACUAAAGCUAAUUUUAAUAAAAUCUUGUGAAUCAGUCAUUUUUGACCUCUUGAUCUUUACACAAAUAGUACUCUUGUAAUUUUUUUAACAUUUAUUUUUAUUUUUAUUUAUUUAUUUUUAAAGACGGAGUUUCACCAUGUUGGUCAGGCUGGUUUUGAACUCCCCACCUCAGGUGAUCUGCCUGCCUUGGCCUCCAAAGUGCUUGGAUUACAGGCAUGAGCCACCAUGCCCGGCCACUUUUUUAUUUUUAUUUUUUUAACUUUUUUUUUUUUUUUGGAGAUGGAGUUUCUCUCUUGUUGCCCAUGCUGGAGUACAAUGGUGUGAUCUCAGCUCACCGCAACCUCUGCCUCCCAGGUUCAAGUGAUUCUCCUGCCACAGCCUCCCAAGUAGCUGGGACUAUAGGCAUGUACUACCAUGCCCGGCUAAUUGUAUUUUCAGUAGAGAUGGGAUUUCUCCAUUUUGGUCAGCUGGUCUCAAACUCCCGACCUAAGAUGGCCCACCCAUCUCAGCCUACCAAAGUACAGGGAUUACAGACGGAAGCCAAGACACCCAGGCUAGCUUUUUAUAUCAUAUUUUUAUCUACAUUCUUCGAAUUUUUUCAAUUUGAAAGAACAUUUAAGUAAUUCAAACCAUUAGAGGAGAUAGAAAGAAAAUCAUUUAGAGCCAGGCGUAGUGGCUCACACCUGUAAUCCCAGCACUUUGGAAGGUCAAGGUGAGCAGAUAACUUGAGGUCAGGAGUUCAAGACCAGCGUGGCCAACAUGGUAAAACCCGAUCUCUAAUCAAAAUACAAAAAAUUAGCUGGGUGUGGUGGUGCACAACUGUAGUCCCAGCUACUCUGUGGGCUGAGGUAGGAGAAUCGCUUGAACCCGGGAGGUGGAGGUUGUGUAUCGGCCUACGGGGUUCACCUUGCCCUGUGCUUAGACCAAACUGAUUCAUCCAGACAGGGUCAUUUGUGGCGGAAAAGUUAAAUAUUCAAUUUGAACUCAAUUGAAUGUGGACACAAUGUUCAAAUCCUGGAACAGUUUGUGUGAGUCCCUUGCAUUCAUCCAGGACAGUGUGGGAGAAAUUUCUAUUUCAAUCUAUUCCUCUACAUUAGUUGUUGCAAAAAAAUAGACAAUCCCCAAAACAAGUUGACCAUUUUGUGUUCCUUAAGGCCAGUUGCAAAGGGCACUCGUGACUGGGCUGUAUGCCAAAAUUCAUUCAAAAAGAGCGAGGGUCCCAGGUCGCGCUGAAGCUUCAUGAGACCUCCUAGUCUGCAGGGAUGAGUGUCCACCUCUGGAGGCCAGGCUGUUGCUUCCCACUCUGGUGGCGAAUUCUUCACAGUCUCAUGAGCAUACAUAUAUAACUGUGUUUCUCUUUUUCUUUUCUCCUCUUUUUAUUGCAAUUUGCUUAUUGUAUCAAUCUGCUUAUUAUGUUGAUUUGCUUAUAUCAUUUAUUAUAUGUGCAUUGCCAGUUACAUGGGAUAAAGCUUGUUUAUCCUUAAA